AUGAGAGUGAUGCUGUUAACCCUUUCACGACAUUUAUGUAGCAGCAGCACCACAACCUUAAAACUCUCAAAAUUGAAAAUCCCUUGUCGUUACAAGAAGGUUGCUAUGUCACAAGCUCAACAAGCACUCACUGAUUACCUUCAUGCCACAAGAUGGCUCUCUUCUUGAUUCCGCUUGUGCGCUUUGUGAAUUUGGGUUUCCUUGGGAUAAGCUUGGUUUGCUUUAUAUGGAGAGUGGUUUUAUGUUUAGGAAGAGUGGUCAUGAGUUAAAGGGUAGUCUUUGUUUGUUGAAAAGAUAUGGUUUUUGCAAUGUGCAAAUUGUUGGGAUAUGUUUGACUUUUCCUUUUGUUUUUGGUGUUGAGGAAGGGAAUUUGGUUGAUGAGAUUGAUGGGUUGCUUUCUGAUUUGAGAUUUCUGUUUUUGGAUUUUGAUUUUGCUGCUUCUGUUGAAAGGAAUGUGAAUGUUUGGCAUGAGGUUUGUAGGAAAAUAAAAGUGUUUUAUGAUUUGAAUGACGGUAAAGGGGAGAUAGUGGAACUCAUUGGAAGGAAUAAACAUGUUAUUCUUGAACAUGGAGAAAAGGAAUUGAUUGAAAAGGUUGAGUAUUUUUGUAGAUUCGGUGUCAAGAAGGUGGAAGUAGCUCGGUUGAUUCUACAAGGAUCGGAAUUGUUGAAUCUCGAUUUGGAAACGCCGGUGAUUAAUGUGUUGAAGCUGUUGAAACACAUUGGAAUGAGCUCCCAAGGUGUUGGGGAUGUUAGGAAGAACUAUGCCCAUGUGUUGGGAACAAUAAAAAUGGCUAAUCUUCCCAAUGUGAUGAAGGCUAUGGGUUUACAUGAGUGGUUUUUUGAUAAAAUCAAAGAUGGAAAUCAUCGGCUGUUAACGAGUUAUAUCACAAGCUAUCCCAAUGAAGAUCAUGAUAAAGGUUAUAAAAGUUGUUUGAAGACAUUUGAUGAUGCAAGGACGCCAACUCACAAUAUGAAUAAAUUGAAUUUCAUGCAUGCUAUAGGCUUUGGUGAAAAUACUCUCACCAUGAAUAUCUUAACUCACAUGCAUGGAACAAGUGAAGAGUUACAAAAUAGAUUUGAUUGCCUUCUACGUUUAGGGAUUGAAUUCUCAAAGCUGUGUAAGAUAAUAACAAGGCAACCAAAGAUUCUAAGCCAGAAUCCCGAAAUUCUAGAGAAAAAGAUUAAUUUCCUCUGUCAGGAGAUGGGAAACUCCUUAGAGGUUUUGGACACUUUUCCAGCAUUUAUAUGUUUCGACUUAGAGAACCGAAUUAAGCCUAGGUUCAGAUUCCAUAUGUGGGUUUUAGAAAAGGGUUUGUCUUCUAAAAACUAUUCCAUUGCAAGCAUGAUUGCGACUAGUGACAAGAAUUUUGUAGGCCGCGUUUCUAGAAUUCACCCGGCCGCCCCAAAACAUUGGUUUGAGCAAUUCUAUCCCAAGAAAUUGUGAGCUUGAUGAUAAUAUUAUUAAUGUUGUUGUGUAUGAACUCCAGCAUUAUUUCCAUUCAAUCUGUACAGAUAUCAAACUUGGUUACUUCGCAUCAUUUGGAGUUGAACACUAACCUGUUAGAUAUUGUUUGAAAACUUGUGACGGAGUUCUCUUUGCUUCGUGAUGAAAUGUUGUUCUAAAGAUCUGCAGAAUCACGGCACUCAUUGACAAUGUCAAAGCUCCUUCAAACCCUCAAGUUGAACCGUUGAGGUAGAAGACGAUUAUUUGUUUUUGAUCCAUUUCUAUUGCAGCUUCAUGUGCAGUGCAAUAUUUCAAGGAGCUGAAGGGAAAUAUUUCGAAUGCCUCCAUUCAUGUGCUUCACUAUCUUUUAGAUGAAAGAGAGAAGCUUUUAUUGCCUUAAAACCAUUAUUAUUUUGUAUAUUAAUCACAAUGAUGAUGUAGCUGGCAACCUUACCAAUUUAUCUCAUCAUUCUUUCUUAUUUUUUGUUGUAAAGAAGAAACCAUCUUCCACAAAUUAAAUGUCUCAUUCAACUCUAUUUAUUUUUCAUGUCUAUGAGAAAACACAGAUGUUAUUUAUGACAAUUGAAUAAUUUACAAACAAAUACUGCAUGAUAAGUGUUUGGUGAACAUUAUGCUAAAUAAAAUGAUUUGGUACUUUUAAAUAUCCAAAUAGGAUACCUAAUUUUUUCAAAUAAAUGUCAGCAAUCAAAUUAUUCUAUUUCCAUUCAUAUUAUGAAAAUUUCAACUACAAGUAGAAAACCAAAUCAUUAAUUAGCUUCACCAAAUGACAAAUUAAUAUUCAAACAUGAAAUCGACCAAUUAAUAUAUGUUAAAUUAUUGAAUAAAAUAAUCUAGAAAUCCACAUGUCACACUACAAAAAAAUCCAGAGUGGAAACACAAUCAAGAAAUAUGAUAUGGUAGAUGCAAUAUGAUUGGUUGAUAGAAGAUCCAACUUAUCCAAGUGGAAAAUAGUAGAUAAG